AUCGUGGCCGAUCGUGGCUGUGUGCGUGUGUAUGAAAAGGCGAAUGUGUUGAACAUUGGGGGGAGUGAGAGGUUGGUGGUGGUGUAAUGUCAGUGGAUUGCGUGCAGAGAGUUAUAGAAAAUGGAAGGAGUAAUCGUUUGCACAGAAGCACAUUUCAUUUGUGCAGCAUUCAUCUCGGUAUGACAGACCGUGUUAGGGUUGAGUGCCUGAGCUAGUAAAUAAUUAGCUGAUGUCACGUUUUGGCAUUUCGCUGAAGUGAAGUAUUUUAAUGUAGCAUGUUAACAUUUACAGUUUUAAAGAAUGUCGGAAAACUUGGAUAGUAAUCCAUUCACAGCCCUUUUCAGCUCUAUGAACGAUGCCGAAUCGUUCGCUCAGCAACAGAUUCAGCAUUUAUCUAGCGCUGAGAAUGCAGUAGAGGUGAUACCUGAAACAGACAACCCUGUCAGUAAUGUGGAUGAUUUGACAGUAUCGCUCCAAGCGAAGGAAUGUUUGGAAGUAAAUCGGUUAGUGGAAGAUGUUUUUAACGUGACACUGAAUAAUCAUUCCCGCAGUGGCAUGAUUAAUGACUUAGUUUUCCUCGAAGAACUUUCCACAGCUGUAGCACCUCAAGAUUGGAUUGACAUUGAAACCCUUGAACAUGCUCUUUUUGAACGGUUGUUAUUGGAAGAUCCAGCAAGACAAGUUAUUGGUAGAAAUGUUUGUGGCAGAGAAGGAUCUUCACCAACCAAUAUGCAUGCUACUCAAAAAGAAGUCAUUACAUAUCUAUUUGAAUGCCACAGAAGACUCGCUAUGAAAUCAGGACCUGAGAAUAAUUGUCAUAACAAGCUUAUAUCUCAGAUGUUAAGUUUAGUGCUGAGAAAUGCAGCCACGGCCCUAAGACAACCAGCGUUAUUUGAGUCACAAGAGCUCCAUUCUCAGAUUUUGCAGCUGGUCAGUGACAACAGCAUUUCAAAGACAGACCUGUGUAAAUUCUUUGAUGGAUUAGUUAAGCAGUUUGUGUUAGAUGAUGGUGAAGUCAGUGCUGUAGACACACUUUGCCUUGCAUUCACCUCAACACUGGAUACUAUUCAUAGCGAUUUGACCAGAAGUAACCUUUUCACAUUUAACCGCUCAUACUUAAGUUUACUGCAUAUAUUUUCUAGUAACAGUCAGUUGGGUUCUGUUCUUAUAGUUCACAGCACACCAAAGGAUUCCCAUUUAGGCUUGACAUAUGCAGACACCUUACUGGGUUCAAUUUUGUCUUUAUCUUGCCUACCGAAAGUACAGGAUGGUCCCUAUGAAUUUUUUGAGAAACCAUCGCUGCAAGUAGCUAGUGUCACAGAAGGAAACAUAUGGACUGCUACUGAAGCAGUGAUUGAGAAUUUAUACAUGAUAUUUCAUGCUUUGUUGAAGCAUUCAAACGAAGUUAGACACCAAACGUUGUGCUGGCUUGCAGAUUGUUUGCAUGCAAAUGUAGGUCGAGGAAAGCUUUGGAACUCCCAUGGCUUGAAUAUAGGAGCAUCAUCAUAUGUUUCUGAUGGAUUUAUGCUCAAUCUUACUGGUGUUCUGUUGCGCUUGUGCCAACCAUUUUGUUCAGACACUGCAGAUCCUAUGUUACUUCGUGUUGAUCCCACAUAUUGUGCUUCCGAAGUCAGUGAUGAUGCUGAGAUGCGUUCAAAGGGUGUUCACAUGAAGAAGAUGGCUUCAGAGACGUGCCUUAUUCCAGCUCCAGAAGAUACCCCUCGACCUUUGUCAGAAACAUAUGGCUUUAUAAGUGAAUGCUUUUACUUGGCACAUAAAGCUUUGGAUUUAGGAUUCAAGGUCACAUUUGAACAGUUGAUGAGGUUAAAUCAAGACUUGGCUCGUAUUCAGCGCGCCUUCAUUGACGCUCAAAACCAAGCUGGGGCAAAUUCAGAUGUGGUGCAAACCAUUGGUGAACGUAUGGAACUAGAGAUGACAAGGUACUUGUCACUUCGUGCAGCACUGUUAGAACCUCAGUCUUUGAGCAGGACGGCACAGCUUCUUGUGGCAACUGCAGUGUGGUUGGUGCAGGUCACAUUGGAUGUUAAUUCUGAUCAGUCUCCAAGAAAAUAUUACACACCUACUCAGUUUAGGACAGUUGAAUUUCCAUUACCACAAGAGGUGCCAGCAACACUGAGCUGUGUGCCUGAGUUCCUGAUAGAGAAUUUAGCCAGUUUCCUGAGUUUCAUCCGUCGUUUCAGCCCAAGAACUUUGGAAGAACAAGGUUUUGCUCUCCUAGAUCCCAUACUUACACAAGUGCUAGUGUUCAUGGGUUCUCCACAGCGGAUGCGAAAUCCACACUUGCGGGCACAUAUGGCUGAAUGCUUGGAAUCCCUCCUUCCACAUCAUGAUGAAGAGCCACCUGCAUUGAAUCCAAACCCCCUUGGCAGCUUUUACAGAGAAAGGCUCUUCAAGGCACAUCCACAUAGGAAACAGAUUGUUGAAAGUCUGCUGGAUGUUUUUGUAGGAAUUGAAAUGACUGGCCAAAGUGUAGCUUUUGAACAGAAGUUUAAAUAUCGCCGGCCAAUGUACAUUUUGAUGGAUUAUUUGUGGCAGAUAGAAGAACAUGCAGAAUGUUUUCAAAACCUGGCGACUGAAGCUGAGGCCAAUAUGGAAGCAGUCACUCCACCCUUGUUCCUAAGAUUUCUGAACCUGUUGAUGAAUGAUGCAGUGUUUCUGUUGGAUGAAGCCCUUUCCAACAUGGCACAGUUGCGACAGAUGCAGACUGCGAGGGAGGCAGGGGAAUGGCAGCAGCUUCCCAUUCAUGAGCGAGAACAGAACGAAGGAUAUUUGCAGCACAUUGGCAUGAUUGCAAGAUUUGACAACAUUUUAGGUCGUGAAACAAUCCACACUCUUGAAUUUUUAACAUCAAAAAUAACGUCAAUAUUCUCCCAUCCGACCAUGGUGGAUCGUAUAGCAGCAAUGCUCAACUACUUUCUCUUUCAUCUUGUGGGUCCAAAGAAAAGAAAUUUCAAGGUUAAGGAUCAGAAGGAAUAUGAGUUUAAUCCUGCCAAAAUUGUAAUGGAUAUAUGCAAGAUUUAUGUUCAUCUUCAUGAGAGUGAUUCGUUUUGCUUAGCAGUUUCCCAAGAUGGACGCUCAUACAGCCCUCACCUAUUCACAUAUGCAGAAGAUGUACUGGCUCGUAUUGGUGGAGGAGCACUGAUUGCUGAUGUACAAGCUGUGGCACUGAAGGUGGCGCAGAUGGCAUCACAGCAACAAACAGAUGAUGAAAUUCUGGCAGAGGCUCCUGAGGAGUUCCUUGACCCUAUCAUGUCCACGCUAAUGAGAGACCCUGUCAUUCUUCCAUCAUCACACACUACAGUGGACCGUUCCACAAUUGCCAGGCAUUUGCUUAGUGACCAAACAGACCCAUUCAAUCGCUCUGCACUGACCAUGGAUAUGGUGAAACCACAUGAUGAACUUAGGCUGCAGAUUGAAGCGUGGAUCAAAGAAAAGAAGCAACAACGCCAAACACAGGCUUCAGAUAGUAACCUGUGAACAAUUUGUUAACAGUGAACCAUCCACUGAUUCACUGUUGGUGAUAUUAAUUCUAUUGGGAUAUUCUUCCAUUACUCUGUUUUAAUUACAUAUUCUUUUUGUGUCUGUUUUCUUUAUUGUCACUUUUAAAAUAGUACGCUAUGAAGGGUCGUUUGUCAGGUACAGAUAGCUGCUGACUUUUUUAUUGCGUAGGAUGGGGUGAGACUGGCGCCCCUUGUUAGAGAAGCCACUGGUGGGCUCAUUGUAGGAGCCCCAGGUGAUGGAUGAAUGUGGAGCAGUCGGUGAAAUGAGAAUUGAAAGGAAACUGAAGUACUAGUAAACCUGCCCCAGUGCCACUUUCUCCACCACAGAUCCCACAUCAACUGCUCUUGAACUGAACCUGAGCCACUGCAGUGGGAAGCUUGUGAAAAAAUCACUGGAGCUGUAGCACAGCUGCUGGUAAAAUACACUACAUUUUAGGCAAGUCCUAUUGAAAAAAUACAUGGACUUCAGUUUCUACAUUUGUAAAACGUGAUGCUGGAAUUUAAAUUUCCUGAUGUGCAGUAGAAUCUUGAUUAUCCAUAGGUGGAGUAUCUGCCUUGAAGAUUAAUUUUAGAAGAUUAGUUAUUGAUUAUAGCUUUCUAUAAUGAUGUGUUUCCUAUUGCAUCUCAUUCAGUAAUAUUUAUGAGUGAUGUUUUACAGUGGUUUGCAGUAGACUGUACGUCUUGUUACCUUGUUGCUGCCUUCUGUUUUAUUACUCAUUGCUAAAAGGCAUCCGGCACAUAAGGCUGACAACCUCAAAGUCAUCUGGGAGCCUCGACAUCUCACGACCCUAUCGUCCUUCACAGCCUGUAACAAGGAUAGCUUUACCUUUUAUGCCUUUUUCUUUCAUCCUGCCUGCAAUCACUAAACAAGUGUUGCUUUCUGCUACUGUGAAGAUAUUUUCCUUAACUGUUUGGCAGGAUUCACACUAAAGCAACUAGAAACAAGCAUCAACAGGUGAUAAGCAGCCAGCAGUUCUUAGUAUCAUAUUGCUUGCAUAGUCACACCAAGGAAAUCGAAACAUGUGUUAGUUUAUGAACUUGCCGGUGAAUGAAAUGGUCAUUGCAUACAAAAUUCUGCAGAAAAUGCAGACUAGCAAAAUGGGAGGUUAAGGAUCUGUGGGUGCACUCAUUAUACAGGGUGAUAUUGUCGGGUUUCCCUGACAAUAAUUUAGAAUCACCUUCUACAUUAGUAAUUAAUGUCUGCAACUCUUUUCCAUACUUUUGAAAAACAUCCUGUAUUGAGUAAUUUGGACUGCAAUAAUGAUAGAGACAUUGAUGCAAUUGUGUGCUUUGUGUGAACACAUUCUUUUGCCGUAUUUCUGAACCAUAAUUACUCUGGCAUAUUUGUUCAAA